GAAUCUUUCUCUAGUUACUGUGUAUUCAUUACUGGUGAGGAAAGUUCACUUUCACUAUGAAUCUUUCUCUAGUUACUGUGUAUUCAUUACUGGUGAGGAAAGUUCACUUUCACUAUGAAUCUUUCUCUAGGUACUGUGUUUUCAUUGCUGGUGAGGUAGGUUCACUUUCACUAUGACUCUUUCAGAGUGAAGUGCCUUAGUCCGAAUGUUUAGCGCCUCGCCGAAGUGAAGCACACCGACAGUCAUGUACAGCACUAUCAGAACAACAAGAGAGACACAACACUACAUGUACAGCACUAUCAGAACAACAAAAUGCCUAGUAACCCUAUCAUUCAAUUAAACCCAUGUUCUCCCCAUGUUUCCCUUUCCAACAGAUGAGGAGCUGUACAUUCAACAGGCUGUGGUCCUCAACGAAGAUGCUGUACAUUUAGGAAUAACUUGCUAUUUUCCACCAUGAGCUGCUUUUUAAAUACAGUUUCUGUACAUUACUUUGUUUAUCAACACUUUUGUAGUACAUUUGUUUACAUUCCUUAUAGUAGUAGUAUCGAUCUAUCAACCAUCACAUGGACCCAAGAUCAAUAGGACUUUACAGAUGGGGCCUGAAUGUGGUGAUAUUUGUCAUCCUGGCCCUGGCCUUCAUUGCGAGGCCCUCCUCCCUGUCUGUGACUUCUGGCCUGUGUUCUAAACACACCCUCUGGGAACCCCCAUGUGGCCUCACCAAGGGCAUCGAGAUCAUCUGCCUUCUCAUAUUCACGUUCCACCUCAUCGUUAAGAGGUUCCUGAUACGUCAUGAGGAGUUUUUGAAGUGUAAAUGGCUGGUGGGCUACAUGGUGGUCAUCUCAGUGUCUGUCACUGACCGGACCUUGACCUUGAACAUGGCUUGUGAUGACACUAUGAGAAUCAGAAAACUUCUUCGGCCAUUUUCCUCUUCACAACUCAUAAUUGAUGAAGAAGACGUUGAAAUGCAUCAAAAGAACAAUACCAGAAAUAACAAGUUUGAUCUUAGUAGUGGUUCUCCACCUGUGUGUCUUCACCAUGUUUGGAAUGCUGCUAUUCACAAAGGGAGAGAACCCAGAGAAGAACAUGGAAUGGGAGUUCUAUUUCAAAAACCUCUCUCGGUCUCUUACGUCUCUUUUGGUUCUUCUCACAACUGCUAACAACCCUGACGGAACAUACAUCCUGAUGAACCUGCUGACUGCCAUCAUAUACAACCAGUUUAGAGGAUACUUAGUGGUGAGUAACUGGCUUGUUGUCGACUGUACUUCACAAAGUUAACAAAUAUUUAGGUAAGUGGGUAGGGAGUGUUGUCAGUGGGUAGCCAAUUUUCCAUAGGUAUGUGAGUAGUAUUGAUCAUGGUAACAGGAGGGGUCAGUGUCUCCUGACCCCUCCUGUCUCAGCCUCCAUUAUUUAUGCUGCAGUAGUUUGUGUUGGGGGGGCUAGGGUCAGUCUGUUAUAUCUGGAGUAUUUCUCCUGUCUUACCCGUGUCCUGU